AUGCAAGCCAUUCGGAUUCAUCCCACUCCUCCCCGAACUACUCCCUAUUCACCUUCCUAUCCCGGCCUAACUACCGCCCUGCAGCUGGACAACAUCCCCGUCCCGAAGCCUUCACAGCCUGGGGAGCUGCUCGCGCGUCAAAGCUACAACCAUUCCGAUGUCUUCUCGCCCGAUAGCAAGUUAAAGCCAGGAGACCAGACCUUUGGCAUGGCUGAUAUAGACCGUGCCGCCACAUGGGCCGAAUACACCAUUCCCAAAGAGGAUGAAAUCGCCUUGAAACCGACCGGAUUCACUUUUGCCCAGGCUGCCGCCGUAUUCCACCACGCCCGGAUACCUCGCCCUACUAUGGAGGAGGUCAAGUCUCGCGCUGCGCGCAAGCAAGAGCAGCGCGUGCUGAUUACCGAGGCUGCGGGUGCAGUGGGAGUGUAUCUCGUUCAGCUCGCGGCGGCGGCUGGCAUAACGGUUAUAGCGGUUACUAGUUCUAAUGCGCGUAAUGGAGAAUUUCUCCAGCGUCUUCAGGCAGAUAAGGUAGUCGAGUACAGUACGCUAAGGUAUUAUCGGGGAACGUUCGACGCCAUCAUUGACGUGCUUGGCGGGGAGCAGCUGGACAAAUGUUGGGACUACAUCACUGAGACUGGGGUGCUAAAUUCUAUUGAUUCUGCAAGUUUCAACUUUGUGGAAGAACAUGAGAAGCGCGGUCUACGUAAAUCGGGAGUGCGUUCUCUGCUUUCUAUUGUGAAGGGCAGUGUCGAGGCAUUACACUACCUUACUGAACUGGUGGCUAUUGGAGCUCUGAAGUCACUGGUAGCGGACACUUUCCCUCUUGCAAGGGCUCAGAGACGUACAGUCUUACAAAUGGACGGCAUUCUAGGCGGGGUAAGUUCAUUCCCAUGGCCUGACAGUUAUGGCUCUUCGCCAUGA